CUCAAGAUCAUCUCGAUACUAUCUGUCUAGAAGUUGUCUUUGCUUCCACCUUCUCCUGACUUUGCCUUGUCAAGAUUCCUUUCUACUCUUGACUUAUACCCAGACAUACCAACACAUACACCUACACAAAGACAAAGGACUUAGAAGUCUCACACAUCCUAUCUUGCAAACUUAUUGCAUUGAGCCACCCCGUCUAUCACAUCACAUACCCAUACACCACAAUGGCAUCCUACAGUACACAAUACUACAGUACACCCACCUCCGCGGUCCCCAUCCCGACCAAGGCGGACCAAUACCAACAAUACUACCAAAGCGGCGGCGCGGGGAGCACCUACUCCGCCUCGCCCUCAGAAGACGACCAACGCGAGCGUGAUGCUUCCGUCACUUCUGGCGUUCCCUCCUACGGCAACAGCAGCAACAGCAACGGCGCCAGCUACGCCACCAGCUAUGCUAGCGGCGACUACUGCGACGGCAGCCAAAGCGGUGCAUCCGUUAACGGCGUAGAUUUCAACGAUUACAUGCAAAACCGCUUUGAUGAGUCCUUCGACCCGAUCCCAUUAGAUCGGAGUUUGGCUCGUCAGGCACAAACUUCCGGCCAACUGAACAACAAGCACCGCGAACUUCUAGAAAUGCAAGCGGCAGCACAAGCACGUCUCGCUAAGUCGCGCGCCCGCUUCCAACAGGGCUUGAACGACGCGAGAGAAGUACACGCGGAUCUAGAGUGGACAUCUAAGAAAGUCUCCGCAAUGAAGAAGAAGGCCGAAAAGAAGCACUCCAAGGAAUACGAAAAGGCGCGCGAGCGAUACCCAUCGCCCGACUACUAAAGGGCGUAUUUGCCAAUCGCUUCGCCGCCCCCUUUUUCCAAUGUGAGCCGCAAAAAAAAAAAAAUUGAGCCGCAUCACGGGGGGACGAAACGAGUUACGUGCGUUACAAGC